GGACCAAGAGCAUGUCCGCGUCGGCAGACCAGCUUGCACGAAGCCCUUCCCCACGCUGACCACCCAAGCGAGCUCUGCGGGAAAUCCCGACUGUGUGCCCUCCGACCGCAGGGCCGACCAGCAAUGCAGCAACCGCUCAUCGACCCGCGGGACGAACGAGCGCGACCUUACGAGUAUAGCUACCAGGCGACAGAAGACCAUGACGAGGGGCACAACGAGGUAGCCCAUGGCUACGACGCCCAUGGCUACGACGGGAAGCCAGAGGGCCGGGCAGUUAGACCUGCAAAAAUCCCCGACUACAAGCCGACGCCGCUGCGAUGGCCCUUCAUCCUCACUGUCGUGCUGCUACUCGGCGUCGCCAUCGGCCUCCUUGUCUACGCCGAUGUGACCAUGCCAAACUCGGACACUGAUGCCGUCUUUUUGCAAGCACGCAUGGCGUACCCUGGCCACAAACCCCGCGAUACCGAACUAUUCUUGAACGAGUCCAGUAGUUCUUCGGCAUUCAGUACCAGCGUCACGGUUCUCAGUGCCGUGCCAGAUGGAGACUCGGUUGUGACCGGGCUUGGAGUUGCUGAGAGCCCGUCAUUUACAGCUUCCAGUUCCGAGUCCGAGUCACGAAGUUCAAGUAACCCGUCCGCCUCCCCCUCGUCUACGGGAGCCCCUAUUUCUGGGGGUUUCAUAACUACCGGGACAUCAACGGAAACGUCAACCAAUUCGACGACGACUCCGACGACGACUCCGUCAACGACUCCGACAACGACUACUCCGUCGACCACCCCGUCGACUACCCCGUCGACUACCCCGUCGACCACCCCGUCGACCACCCCGUCGACUACUCCGUCGACCACUCCGUCGACUACCACGUCGACCACUCCGUCGACCACCACGUCGACCACCCCGUCGACUACCACGUCGACCACCCCGUCGACAGCUCCGUCGACAACCCCAACCACGACGGUGUCGACGACCUCGGUGACUUCCUCAAGUACCACAAGCACGUCUAUCACGUCCACCGUACCAAGCCACUCAGUCACUGACCUCGAUGGGGGUAUGACAUUCGACAAUGUUGCCACCAACUCCUCUUCGUCGACUGUCCCAACCAGCUUGACGGCUACGCUCCCCACUGGCGCAAGGCUCGUUCCCAUCUCGUCGUCUGUCUCUUAUUUUACCUCGUAUAGCACCAUCUCCGAGUCGACUAUUACCUUGACUACCACGACAACGACUGUCAUCACUUUCACUUCCACAGCCUUAUCGACGGGGUUCACGACCAUCACGUCGACCGGCACAUCUACCGUCCCGACCACGUUCCAUUCGAUGUAUUCUAUCAGCGGUACUCUGUACUCGACCGCCGUCUCGACUGGUGUAGUUGGCGCCCCCUUCACUGAGACCGUCACCCUUGCCGUAACAUCUACUGGAGAAGCUGUGGGGUCAGUCACCGAGACCUUGGCAACUACGGUAGAAAGCACUAUUGCCGGAACUGUCAUCCCCCAAGUCGGCUCGGUUACCAUUACCUACUACGCUACCGUCUACCCCGAUCCCGUCCAGGCCACAGUGCAACCUGGGACGCAGCAGCAAAACCCUCCAGACCCUGUCAAGGUGCCAGUUACCAACGUGCAGAUUGUCGAAGGGACGACUGUUGCCGUUGUCCAGACGCAACCUCCGGUUGUUGUUGCGGUUCCAAUUGACCAGGUCAAUACCCAGGUCUACACGCCACCUGCCCAAACGGGUGUGCAGCGGGUUGGAGGACAAGUAGUGACGUCGGUCCUGGUAAUCACACCAUCACCCGGCGUCUCCGUGGACGUUGUCUCCACCGUCGGCGGCACGCCAGUCACCAUCAUUAACAGACCAGAUCCCAUCACGAGGGAGACUGUGAUCAACGGCGUCGUACGUACUAUGGUAGAGACCCCACCUCCUCAGACCGUGGUCUCGAUGGAGGGCGGCACCCUCACGACUGUGGGAGUUAUCGUGGCCCCUGGGGCGCCUGGCCAGCCUGUCACCCACACUGUCGUAUCGAACGUGGGAGGUACCCCUGUCACCCAAGUUGUGACGACAACGCCUGCUGGGCCGCCAUACCAGCCGAUAACCUACACCGCUGUUAGAAAUGUCGAUGGCACACUUGUUACCGAGGUUCUCGUCACAACGCCGACUGGCUCUCCUGCGGCGCCUUUCACAUACACGUCUGUCAGCAUGGUGGGAGGCACGCCAGUCACCCAGGUUAUCGUCACCACACCGACAGGGGCGCCAUUUUUGCCCGUGUCCUACACCAUCACCACCAAUAUCGGCGGAACACCCACCGUAAUCACCAUUACGCCGUCCCCAACCACCUUUGUGACCACCAUCAACGGAACUCCCAUCACCACAGUUACCACCCCGCCUGUGACGAGCUACACGACUACGGUCGGGGGCACGCUCACCACCGAGACUAUUGUCACGACUCCCACGGGCACGGCACCCCUCACGCUGACAUUUAUCUCCACAUCUGGAGGGACCCUCAGCACCUACACCAGUACAUUCUCGCCCACGACCUUUGUAACCACCAUAUCGGGGAAGCUGACAACCAUCACCUCGACGCCGUCACUUACCACCAGCUUCUCAACCAGGACAAAGUCAACACAAACGUUCAUGUCGACAUCCACGGGCACGCCGACGUCAACCACGGGGGGCAGCGCCAAGACCCCAGAGGUGGUGGUUGUUGGAACCAAGGAGUUCAAGUGGUCCAACGGCGACAUCUUCAAGGGAACAUUCCUGCCGCCGCUGCUAGGAGUGGGGCUGGUGAUUCCUCUGCGCAUCAUCGAUCUGAACGUAAAACUCUACCAACCCUUCCAGUCGCUGGCCAAGCCGGGUGGCGGGACUGGCGCCGAGACGCUGACGAGGCAAUACACGGGGCUGAUGGCAUUUGUGACGCCCAUGAUCACGCUUCUUCAAGGACACCCUGUGCCCUUCAUCAGCACAAUCAUGGUGGGUUGUGCGUCUUUCAUGGUGCCGCUAGCUACCGAGGCGAUCGGACUGAAGCUCCAUGGCGUAUGCAACGUCAAUACUGCCAGCAGCACAUGUGGGCCAGAGCUGGGCGUCAGCCCGGAGCCCACGCACGCCCUCAUAGGUCUGAUCGCUGCGGUCAUGCUCAUGCUCAUGGUUGUGCUCUUCUUCAUGGUCCGCUGGCCCUCGGGCGUGCACGCCAACCCAUGGAACAUAGCGGGUAUCGCUUCGCUAGCUGGCAACACGCAUGUGCGCAUCCGCCAGAACAGCGAGCGCGCCAUGCGCCGCGCCCUUGCCCAGAAGCAGUACGGGCUAGGCUACUUUACCAACGCCCUUGGCCGCGAGGAAUACGGCAUCGUUCUGACCGACGAGUCAGGCCGCGGCCUGCAGGACGACGCCAACAGCGGCUCUGAGAGCGACGCAGACAUGUUUGACGCGGGCGCCGCCGGCGCGCAGGGCGGCAGUGGCAACUCUCUACCCCUGAUGCCGCUGCGCUACCCUUGGCGCAUCGCUCUCAUCCUCCUCCAGGUCGGUCUGCUCGUGUUCGUCGUUUAUUACUACGUGUACUAUCGCCGCGGCACCCACGACGGUGAUCGAAUAUUCAACGACGGCGGGCAGCUGUGGAGGUUCUUAAACCACUACACAUUUGGCGUGCGCUUUGUGUCGGCCAUCAUUGGUGUCAUUGUUGCCUUUUGCUGGCAGUCCUUUUUUCUGAGCGUGAGCAUCAUGACACCUUACCAGCUCAUGGCACAGCGCACGCAGCCGGCAUCGCGCUCCAUCCUGUUCUCGCCGUCGACCAACCCGUUCUCGGGCAUCGGCGUUGCCGUCAAGCAGCGGCAUGCCUUCCUAUUCGCGACGUCGCUAGCGGCGAUCCUGUCCGAGUUCUUCCCCGUGCUGCUGGCCAACGUGCCCUUCAACCUGACGCAGACGAGCACGGUGGCGACUGUGUGCAACAUGACGAGCGCCGUGUUUCUACUGCUGUUGACGGGGGUGCUGGUGGCGUCCUUCUGGGUGCGGUGGCCGCCCAUGCCCGUCGAUCCCCGUUGCAUCGCCGGCGCAAUGUACUACAUAUCACAGAGCCACAUGCUGAACGACCUCGAUGGGGUGUCGCAGCUCGGCCCCCGCGACCGCGAGCGCCGUGUUCGCGAGGCAGGCCAUGGCUACGGCCAACGGAGGUACUUCUACGGCGUCCUCAUCGGCGGGUCCUGGCGGAGGCUGGGCGUCGACUGUGACAUGGGCGGCCCUGCCCCGGAAACCGACCCGAACCACCACCACCAAGAGUUCGCGACCGAGUACAGGGGGGCCAGGGUAGACGAACCCCCAGCGAUUUUUGAGCCAGACCAGAGGAGUUUGUUGGGCAGAGGCGGCUAGUUGCCCAACUGGCAGGGCUGUGAUCUACUGCGCGUAGGGUCUGGAUUAGGCUCUGUUGCAUCGGCUAUAGAGCGUGCUAUUUUAACCAUUUUCGCUGUUUUAUACUUUGCCGCUCUCGAUCUUCCAUAGCUGGCGUUUGCGAAAAUUUGGGCAGGGUGGGUGUUUGGUAUUGGGUUGCUUUGGGGUUCUGGCAGGGUUUUUUUUGUUCGUUGCUGUUUGAUGACAAGCAACAAUUUCGUUUCCAGCGGAAUCAAUACACAAUUAUUAGAGACAAAUAGAUUUGACGCUGGAGAGAGGAAUCAUAAUAGUUGACGAG